AUGUAUGUGUUGCAAUCACACUGCGGUGAACCGGCGCUCGCGAACAACACAGCUACACAAAAGUCCGUACAGCCAACAUUGGACAAUGUUGGACAGCCGAAUAUGUGCACAUCGGCGCAGCCUCAUAUACCCGCGCCUAGACUGGAUCGCGUGUUGAAUUGUGCGUUUAACUGCGCGUCUAAGUGCAUGUCGAAUUGCGCGUUGAGUUGCACACUUAAGCGUGCGUCGAAUCGCGGGUUGAGCUGUGCGUUGGAUUCCAUGGAUCGGUGCGCGUCAAAUUGCACACUUCAGUGUGCGUCGAAUUGUGUGGUUCGGGACACGUUAAAUUGCGCAUCGUUUAAUUGCACAUCGAGUUGUGUCGUGGGUUACGCGUUAAAAUGUGCGAGUCGGCGUAUGUCAAAUUGCGGAGUGCGGUGCGGCCAAUGUUUUGCAAUUUACACGUUCAAUCACGGUGUGCUGCAGUGCGAUGCGUUGCGUUGCGUUGCGGUGCGGCGCGGUGCGGUGCGGUGCGAAAAAACGAAAAAAAGCGACGACGACGGGAAGCGAACCGGCGACCGCGGCUCCCACGCGGCGACGGAGCUAGCCUAA